CUUGGCGGCAGCGCCGCCGCAGGACGCAGGGAAGCCAACUAGCGAGUGGCGGCGGCGGGGGCAGCGGCGGUGGCAGUUCGCGGCGAGAGCGACGGCUCCGAGGCCGAGUGACGGUCCGAGGCAGACCUCGGUGCCCUCCUCCGCAUGAUCUUCUCGUGAUCAGCCUUUGUACCUUCUCCACAUUUGAAGAUGGUGAAGCUAGAUAUUCAUACUCUGGCCCAUCACCUCAAGCAGGAACGCUUAUACGUGAACUCUGAGAAACAGCUCAUUCAGAGGCUUAAUGCAGAUGUACUUAAGACAGCCGAAAAGUUGUAUCGUACAGCAUGGAUUGCUAAGCAACAGAGAAUUAAUUUGGAUCGGCUUAUCAUCACCAGUGCUGAAGCUUCCCCUGCUGAAUGUUGCCAACAUGCUAAGAUUUUGGAAGACACACAGUUUGUUGAUGGGUAUAAGCAACUGGGAUUUCAGGAGACUGCUUAUGGAGAAUUCUUGAGUCGACUAAGGGAAAAUCCUCGUCUUAUUGCCUCCUCCUUGGUUGCUGGAGAGAAACUUAAUCAGGAGAACACACAGAGUGUCAUUUACACAGUUUUUACCUCUCUCUAUGGCAACUGCAUUAUGCAAGAAGAUGAAAGCUACCUCCUUCAGGUGUUGAGAUACUUGAUUGAAUUUGAACUUAAAGAAAGUGACAACCCCAGACGACUUUUGAGGAGAGGAACCUGUGCCUUCAGCAUCUUAUUUAAACUUUUUUCUGAAGGACUGUUUUCUGCCAAACUUUUCCUCACAGCUACUUUACAUGAGCCGAUCAUGCAACUCCUUGUUGAAGACGAAGAUCACCUGGAGACAGACCCAAACAAGCUGAUUGAGAGGUUCUCCCCCGCUCAACAGGAAAAACUCUUUGGCGAGAAAGGCUCAGACAGGUUUAGGCAGAAGGUUCAAGAGAUGGUGGAUUCCAAUGAGGCCAAACUUGUGGCCUUGGUGAACAAAUUUAUUGGUUAUCUCAAACAGAACACUUACUGCUUCCCACAUAGUCUGAGGUGGAUCGUGUCACAGAUGUACAAAACUCUCUCCUGUGUAGACAGACUGGAAGUUGGGGAGGUCAGGGCCAUGUGCACUGACCUCCUGUUGGCCUGCUUCAUUUGUCCUGCAGUCGUCAAUCCAGAACAGUAUGGAAUAAUCUCCGAUGCUCCCAUUAAUGAGGUGGCGAGAUUUAACCUGAUGCAGGUUGGCCGCCUUUUGCAGCAAUUAGCAAUGACUGGCUCUGAAGAGGGAGAUCCCCGGACAAAGAGCAGCCUUGGAAAAUUUGACAAAAGCUGUGUUGCUGCUUUCCUUGAUGUUGUGAUUGGAGGCCGUGCAGUGGAGACCCCGCCAAUGUCCUCCGUUAAUCUCCUGGAAGGGUUGAGCAGAACUGUGGUUUAUAUAACCUACAGUCAGCUUAUUACUCUGGUGAAUUUUAUGAAGAGUGUGAUGUCUGGAGAUCAACUGAGAGAAGAUAGAAUGGCUCUUGACAACUUACUGGCAAAUCUACCCCAGGCAAAGCCAGGAAAAAGCAGCAGUCUGGAAAUGACCCCCUACAGUACUCCUCAGCUGUCUCCAGCAACCACUCCAGCAAAUAAAAAGAAUCGAUUGCCUAUAGCAACUCGGAGCAGAAGUCGCACUAAUGUGCUAAUGGACUUGCAUAUGGACCAUGAAGGAUCAGCUCAAGAAACCAUCCAGGAGGUGCAGCCAGAAGAGGUGUUGGUCAUUUCCUUAGGAACAGGUCCCCAGCUUACUCCAGGGAUGAUGUCAGAAAAUGAGGUCCUCAACAUGCAGCUUUCGGAUGGAGGACAAGGAGACGUCCCUGUUGAUGAAAACAAACUCCACGGUAAACCUGAUAAAACCUUGCGCUUCUCCCUGUGCAGUGAUAAUCUGGAAGGAAUAUCUGAAGGUCCUUCAAAUCGUUCUAAUUCAGUGUCCUCACUAGACUUGGAGGGGGAAUCUGUGUCAGAGCUUGGAGCAGGACCUUCUGGGAGUAAUGGAGUUGAAGCUCUACAGCUAUUAGAGCAUGAGCAAGCUACCACGCAGGAUAAUCUUGAUGAUAAGCUCCGGAAGUUUGAAAUCCGUGACAUGAUGGGACUGACAGAUGACAGGGAUAUAUCAGAAACAGUGAGUGAGACGUGGAGUACGGAUGUCUUGGGAAGUGAUUUUGACCCUAACAUUGAUGAAGAUCGCUUGCAAGAAAUCGCAGGUGCAGCAGCAGAGAACAUGUUAGGCAGUUUACUGUGCCUGCCAGGUUCAGGGUCAGUGCUUCUUGACCCCUGCACUGGUUCCACCAUAUCAGAGACAACAAGCGAAGCUUGGAGUGUAGAGGUAUUGCCAAGUGACUCAGAGGCCCCAGAUCUAAAGCAGGAAGAGCGACUGCAGGAACUGGAGAGCUGUUCUGGACUGGGUAGCACAUCUGAUGAUACGGAUGUCAGGGAGGUCAGUUCCCGCCCCAGCACACCAGGCCUCAGUGUUGUGUCGGGUAUAAGUGCAACCUCUGAGGAUAUUCCCAAUAAGAUUGAAGAUCUGAGAUCUGAGUGCAGCUCUGAUUUUGGGGGUAAAGAUUCUGUCACUAGUCCAGACAUGGAUGAAGUCACCCAUGGUGCCCACCAGCUGACCUCUCCUCCAUCUCAGUCAGAGUCUCUGCUUGCCAUGUUUGACCCACUGUCUUCGCACGAAGGGGGAGCUUCUGCUGUGGUAAGGCCAAAGGUUCACUAUGCCCGGCCGUCGCACCCACCCCCAGACCCCCCGAUCCUGGAAGGAGCUGUGGGAGGAAACGAGGCCAGGUUGCCUACCUUCGGUUCCCAUAUCCUGACUCCAGCUGAGAUGGAGGCGUUUAAGCAAAGGCACUCGUACCCCGAGAGAUUAGUUCGCAGCAGGAGCUCCGACGUCGUGUCUUCUGUCCGGCGCCCGAUGAGCGACCCCAGCUGGAACCGACGCCCAGGGAAUGAAGAGCGAGAACUCCCUCCAGCCGCAGCCAUUGGUGCUACUUCUUUGGUGGCUGCGCCUCACUCUUCAUCUUCAUCCCCGAGUAAGGACUCCUCAAGAGGAGAGACUGAAGAACGCAAAGAUAGCGAUGAUGAGAAAUCAGACAGGAACAGACCUUGGUGGAGAAAACGUUUUGUUUCUGCCAUGCCCAAAGCUCCUAUACCAUUUAGAAAGAAAGAAAAACAAGAAAAAGACAAAGAUGAUCUGGGGCCUGACAGAUUCUCAACACUCACAGAUGAUCCCAGCCCGAGACUCAGUGCACAGGCUCAGGUCGCUGAGGAUAUUCUGGACAAAUACAGGAAUGCCAUCAAACGCACCAGCCCCAGUGAGGGAGCGCUGGCAAACUACGAAAGUGCAGAAGUCAUGGGUGACGGUGAAAGCGCACACGACUCUCCUCGUGACGAAACCCUGCAGAACAUCUCCGCUGACGAUCUCCCGGAUUCUGCGAGCCAAGCGGCUCACCCUCAGGACUCAGCCUUCUCUUACAGAGAUGCAAAAAAGAAACUGAGGCUCGCUCUUUGCUCUGCGGAUUCUGUGGCUUUCCCAGUGCUAACCCACUCAACAAGAAACGGUUUACCAGACCAUACAGACCCAGAAGACAAUGAAAUUGUCUGCUUCUUAAAAGUGCAAAUAGCUGAAGCAAUUAACUUACAAGAUAAGAACUUAAUGGCUCAGCUUCAGGAAACAAUGCGUUGCGUGUGCCGCUUUGAUAACCGGACCUGUAGGAAGCUGCUGGCGUCCAUUGCUGAGGACUACAGGAAGCGGGCCCCCUACAUUGCUUACCUCACUCGCUGUCGACAAGGACUGCAGACCACGCAGGCGCACCUGGAAAGGCUACUGCAGAGGGUUCUGAGGGACAAAGAGGUGGCCAAUCGAUACUUCACCACCGUCUGUGUGAGGCUGCUGCUUGAGAGCAAAGAGAAGAAGAUCAGGGAAUUCAUUCAAGACUUUCAGAAACUCACAGCCGCUGAUGAUAAAACCGCCCAGGUGGAAGAUUUUCUGCAGUUCCUGUACGGCGCGAUGGCCCAGGAUGUCAUAUGGCAGAACGCAAGCGAGGAACAGCUUCAGGACGCUCAGCUGGCCAUCGAGAGAAGUGUGAUGAACCGGAUCUUCAAACUUGCCUUCUACCCGAAUCAGGACGGGGACAUACUCCGUGACCAGGUUCUUCAUGAACAUAUUCAGAGAUUGUCUAAAGUAGUGACUGCAAAUCACAGAGCUCUGCAGAUACCAGAGGUUUAUCUUAAGGAGGCACCGUGGCCCUCGGCACAGUCAGAAAUCAGGACAAUAAGUGCUUACAAGACGCCCCGGGACAAAGUACAGUGCAUCCUGAGAAUGUGCUCCACGAUCAUGAACCUCCUGAGCCUGGCCAACGAGGACUCCGUCCCAGGGGCAGAUGACUUCGUCCCUGUGCUGGUGUUUGUGUUGAUCAAGGCAAAUCCACCCUGUUUGCUGUCCACUGUUCAGUACAUCAGUAGCUUUUAUGCCAGCUGUCUGUCUGGAGAGGAGUCCUAUUGGUGGAUGCAGUUCACAGCGGCCGUGGAAUUCAUUAAGACUAUCGAUGACCGAAAGUGACCGAGACAAAGGCCCAGCAAGGCAGCGGACUGUUAGCGGGGCCCACAGAUCUCUCAGAAAAUGUACCAGCUGCUUUGAAGGCUGAAGAUGGUUUUUGUAUAAUAUUGUACAGUGUUCAGACCUUUUAAAACAGAUCUUUACUAAACAGAUUAAUGAGCUAACAAGCAGGUUCUCUUUUCUUUGGGUUCUUUUCCUUUCUGAGUUGCAUAUUUCAUUAAUUUCUUGUCCCCACAUAGAGAAUAGUACUGCAAAAAGGGACCACAUUUUUCAGGUAUUUUGAAAUACAAAAAAAAAACAAACCCAAAAUCUAGAAAAUUCCUAGAUCUCUGUUUAUGGAUACUCAUUCUUUCUUUUCAUUAAAAAAAGAACAGUACACCUCUUUUAGGAUGCUGCCUAACCUUGGAAGCAUCUAACAGAAGGAAGAUACCGGUCGCACUGAGGAUAUAAUAGUGGCGACGUUAGCGGCACUAUCUAUAAAUACACUCGCCUAAACUGAAGAGCCAAGAAGGGAAUGUAAAUAUGAUAUAUAUUUAUAUUUGAUGUAAUAUGGACAUCUUCAGAUUCUAAUAAACAAGGAAUAUUGCUGAUAGUAGGUUGUCAUGUACCCUCUUGUAAAAUGGUUUCCUUGACAACAUUUAAGCUGAGCUUAAAAGCAGAAGGCGAACAAAUACACAGAAGUAUUUAUUAAAGUGUAACACAGUUUAUUGAACUUUCUAGGUAUGGAAUUUGAUGCACAGGGCUGCCUUUGAUGAGGGGUAUAGAACUUAUUGAAUAUAUCACUUAGACUUUCUCACCCUGGACGUCUUUGAGCCUGCAGUAGGAGAUAGACUGUUUGUUUAAUCAUCAUAUGUGGCAUACAAAGGGACAGUAGAUAUCUAACCCAUCCUUGUGGUACUUCUCAUCUGAAAUGCUAAAUAUAGUGUAGAAACCCCAGCCAGAACUCCCUACAAACCUUUAACUGUAAUAUAUUUUUGAUGAUGAUUCACAUUGAAUGCACAGACCAGGAAUUCAGUGAAUGUCAUUUUUUUUUAAAAAACUAAUUUGUAUUGUCUGCUUUAGUGAUACAAGUUUUACUAGUGAUAAACUAUUUUAAUCAACCAUACUAUUCUUAUGGGGGGGAAAAAUCUGUUUUGGCAGGUUUCUGUGCCUUUGUUUCCCUCUUCUGAACAAAAGUAUGUUUUUCUGUAUUUUGGUUUGAUCGUGUGUUGCUAAUUAAUCAGGAAUGGGUUUUGGUGUCUGAGAAACAGGCCAAGGAGGCCCACCAAAGCUUCAAGCACAAGUCUUACACAUAGGCCGUCACAGACUGGUUUUGCUCUGUAUGUUUCCUAAACGUGUUAACUUCUUUUAUGAAAAUUGGUCCCCUCCUUUGAGUCUCUUGUUGCUGGCAGCAUUUCCAGGCAUGUUUAAGGGAACUGUGACCAACAGCCUUGAGCAGAUAAGGACAGAGGCUGUCUCUCCAGGAGCUCUGUGCUCCACUGUGCCUAAAGAAGCUGGGUUUUCUUUAUGCCUUGACCUCUUCUCAUUCCUUUACUCUACAAUACUGAGAUAAGUUGCAGAGGGUUGUGAGAUGAGGUUUCUGCCUUUUAGGGGCAGAUCAAAAUUAAAGUAGUACUGAAAAAUGUCCUCUUGAACGUUAGAUCAAGAAAUCUAUGUACAGUCAUGCUUCAUGGACUCUUAACGGUCAAGCUCAUUUAGGUCUUAGAAGUCAGAUCCCACCGUAGAUACUUUACAAGACAAACUGUCUUAACAUGAUUUCUAAGGCAGAGGGGGGCAGUUCAGCAUUUGAUUCAAUAAAUGUUAAGUCAACAGAAGUCUUGGAAUAGUUGAAAUUUAUUGUUUGGGGAUUUAACUCAGAAGUCAAUGCAGUUUUUCACCCCCGUGGUGGUUCCUAACUCUCUUCCAUGUUGUUACUAUGGAAAUAAAUAUGAAGAUGUGGACACUGCAUGGGGCUCUUUUCUGUGGAGAAGGUGGUGAGUUUGCAUCUCCUAGAGGCAGGAGGUCGGGCUCUGCAGGGCUUGAGACAGUUGUGAGAGGAGGACCUCAGAGAUUUGGCAUCACAGUUACAUCCGAGAUGGAGGUGGGUGCUUGUGUCUUGACUCAGGUGCCAGCAGAGAAGCGCACAGCCCAGCUGUUUAAGGUUAAGCUGUUUUCUUCGGGAAGCCGGUCAGGAGUAAGGACUACUUCAGCGUUAACUGUCAUCGGUAGUUUCGUCGUACCAGGGUUUAGUAGUGUUGAGUUCUGAGUUUAGGAAUUGGUAACUGUCUGCAUGGGCUUCCCAGGUGGCUCAGCAGUAAAGCCUCUGCCUGCCAAUACAGGAAACUCAGGUUCAAUCUCUGGGUCAGGAGAAGGGCAUGGCAACCUGCUCCAGUAUUCUUGCUGGGGAAAGCCCAUGGACAGAGGAGGCUGACCGACUACAGUCCAUUGGGUCACAUAGAGUCAGACACGAUUCAGUGACUACACAACACCUGUGUGUGUGGCAGCGGUGGGCGUGAGAUAGGGAGUAAUCCGAUUGUACUCUUUCAGGAAAGGAAUAGUUGUCCUUCAGCUGUUUUGUACCACGGAUCCUCCCAGGACAUAGGUUAUAUGAAGGAGUGUGCAAAAAUACAAAAUCACAUGUAGGAAACCUUCAGUAGCCACCGAUUAUUACGUGGAAUUUACAAAGAAAAUGAAUGUUAAAUGUUCACUGAAAUUCUGUGGAAUUAUCUCACGAAAAAAAUCAGUUCAUAUUUUGUAUUAAUACUGUGCUUCCAGAGAUAGUUAAGUAAUAGAAUUACAGAUUGAAGAUUAUCUUUUAUUUGUAAAAGUAUUAUUUUUUAAAUCUAGUAAACAUUUUGUUUUCUUUCUCUAGGUCAAAUCUCAGCCACAGUUAACUGAUUUCUCCUACUUUUUCUUUUUAAAAACCUGUUUAUAAAAGCCAUUUUAUACAGAUACGAAAUCACUGUAAGAGGGUUAGGCUUUGUGAAGGAUGGAAAAUAGAUGUGGAUGAGAUGCAUGGGUUUUUCUCUCCCUGUUGUGUCCUGGAAGCCUUUGUUUAAUGUAGACUUUCAACCUACAUGUUCCUGAGGUAUGUAAGCGAGAGAACUAAAACCUGUCCCAGGCAGUGACAAGGUCUAGUUUUGGCCACAGGAAGCUAUACCUGACUGUGCAUGCCAGUCGGCACUGUUCCCCAUUGCCUGCCUCGGGAAUUCCGUGGCCAAGUGAAGAUCAACGUCGCGAAGAUUUAACAGUUCCCGUGUCUGAUGAGAUUGGGUGUGAAAAAAGGAAGUAGGAUCACCCUUGCUCAGAAUUGUUAGUGGGUUGUGUCGAAGUGAUAGAGUCGUUGGUGGACUCAGCUUCCUCCGUUGAUGUGCGUCCUAGACUUUCUCUUCCCUUCCCAUUCCUGCUUUAUUUUGUAAGGAAAAGUCUGCCCUCUGUUUAGUUCUUUUAACUAUUAAGUUUAUUCUAUAUGUAAUUGCCAUACUUUAGGGGGGAAGUCAGAAAAGAUCUUCUUGAAGCUCAAAGAAUUUUUAGUUGAGUAGAUGAACAGUGAUGAGAUAUUUGAGGUACUUUGCCAAAAUGCUUGAGAAUGUUGCCAGAUUAAUAAUCAUAUAUUUUAGAAUGUGGGUUACCCAAGGAGUAGGGUGACCAGGAAUAGCUUUAUUACUCUUGAGAAUACUUGGAGAAAGGAAGAUAUGCUUUGCUUCAGUGUCAAGGUUGGUGUGGUUGAACUGUGGCAUCACCACAGAGCUGCAUGUCCCACAGGCCUGUGCUUAUCAAAGGUUAAAUCCCCGGGAGAGAAAGUCCUCUACACCUGGUUCGUGGCAGACACUGUGGGCAGGAGCCACACGCCUUAAGAAUUCACCUCUGCUGAGUUGAUGUUCUGUCUUGUCUACCGUCUUCUCGUGUUUCACCUGUGUGAAAAAGCUUUGUACUGCCUCUCCUCUUGAAACUGAUAAAAACCUAUAAGCCUCAGUGAAUGAGUUUGCACCAUCUUGUAUAUGUACAGGAAACCCAUCCUGUCUCCUAAUGUGAUUACUCAUGUACAAUAUCAUUGUGUAAAAUUGAUUAAAAAGGGAGAGCAGUUGAAUUCA